AUGAGUUUCACUCCUAAUUAUAAAAAAAUAGUUCAUAUAACCAAGAUAAACAAUCACCUAUAGAGAUUAAAUAAAAAGAAAUUAUUCCUAUAAAUUUAAAAAAUAACAGGAAAGCUUAGAAUUAUUAAAAGAAGCACCUACUAAUCAAAAGGCUCUUUAUGGGUUAAGUAUAUAUAUUAUUUUUAAUUAGGUUUAAUUUUAAUUCAUAAGAGAUAAUUCAUUUAAGCAGAGUAUAAUUAUUAGAACUCUUAUAGUUAAAUGCAAAUAUAGCAAAGCAGAAAAAAACUAUUGAAUUUAAAAGUGGAUGA